UGUAUACUAAAACUCACAACGUAGACGGACUGAUAUCCGAAGUUUAACUUGUUGGUGUUUGAGACAUCUGUCAAUGUCUGUAUCAGAAGAUGAAAUGAUUUUAUCAGAAGUGUUUUAACUAAAUGGAUAGAGACAAGGAUAAAGAUUCAAUUCAGUGUUUUAAAUGCAAGAAGUAUGGACACAAGAAAGACAAAUGUCCUGAAAAAGGAAUACAGAUAGAACCUCCACAAGUUCACCAAAGACUGAAAUGGAGUUUUGAAGAUCCAAUGAAGCACUAUUUUGAAGAGAGAGACAGAAAACAAAGAGAAGAAAAAGAAGAAAGAGUGCAAAAGUUAAAAGAACUAAUUGAAAGCUCAUCUUCAGAUUCUGACCUGGAAAAUGGACAGAAGAAUCAAAAGAAAAAGAAGAAAAAACAUUGUCAUUCUUUAUCCUCUGAUGAUGAACUUAAAAUGCAUAGAAAAAGAAAGAAAUCAAAGCAUAAGAAAGUAAAAAGAUUGAAAAUGGACAAAAUGCAUUCCUCUGAUGAUGUUAAACAUAAUACGGAACACAAAGUGAAACAUAAAAUGAAACAUAAAAUGAAACAUAAAAUGAAACAUAAAAAACAUCACAAACAUAGAGGUUAAAAUGAUUAUUUAUCAAGAAUUAUAAAAAAAAAUUUACAAGGAGGUCAAGUCAAGAUAAUUGAUGAUGUCUUACAAAAAUCUAUUUUAGCAUGCUGAUAAAUCAUUUGAUUCAUCCAAAUACUCAAAAGCAUUAUGGGGGUACACAUGUUUGUUUUAAUUAUAAAACAAGUUCACAACUGUUUGAAAUGUAGCUUUUCAUCCACACAUUUAGAAAGGAUAUAUAGUGAAACAAUACUUUCAAAGUCAUAAAUUCAGAUAGAUGUGAAAAAAAGUACUUUGAAUUGAGAAAUUAUUGCGACCGAGUGAAUAUCACAAUGAUAAGAACUGGCAUUCUGAUAUCGAAUACAUAGGAAUUUAUAGUACUCUGUUUGAUAAAGGAGUAAUUUUCAUUAAUGUUGUUCUAUGAAGCAAAGACAUUUGAUAUACAAUUGACCACCAAAUGGUACUGAAUAUCUUUGAUUUGACUUCAAUUGAUAAAUUAUGACAAAAUGAUUUCAGUGACAUAUUGCUUAUUAUGUACAAUAAUAUUGUAAAAAUAUGUGUGUAUUUUGUCGCUGAUAUGAUUUAUUAAAAUAAAAAACAAUGAUAUAAA